CGUUUGGCUAGUAGCCGUGUGGGACUGGGUGUCCUGUGGUGUAUUUUGUCUCAAUUGAAGAACUGUUUUCCUGAUGGAAUAAAUUCAGGACCACCAUGUAUUUGUCUGGUAGUGCACCUUAAAGGGUGUUGGAUGUUGAUUGCUAGUCGCUGUUCUCUUAUAUUGUUUUUUUGUUUGACGUUUAUUUGAUUUUAUGUGACAAUUGUGAAACUGACUGCUCCCUGACUUAUUUGUGGUGAUUAAUUUCCUAGCCAGCUAUAUGUGUUUUUUUGUUUAUUGUUUUUUGUUUAAUGUAUUGGUUGAUUUGUUGCUGGCUAGUGGAAUUGUUUAUUUAUCUAUUUUUGUUUUUUUCUUUAAAUUAUGUAUUUAAUUUAAACCGCUUUCCAUCCUUGAUUAAGCUGCAGGGGGUAGUUUCCCAUCGUGGUCGGUGGAGAACUGGGAGUACAAUUUAAUAGAGCCCUUAUAGGUCUUUUGGUGUGGCUACUAAUUGUGAACAUGGAUCACAUAAGCAUGUUUGUAGUGAAGGGCUUAUGGGGGUUUGCUGUGGUUUGCACAUGAUGCAGUGAAGUGUCUCCUGUAUAGGUAGCUCAGGUUUUUUUGUAUUCCUAGUUGGACAAAUUGAGAAAUUGCUGCCCCUGCCAGCUGAAUUAAGUCAUGCCCUGAAUAAGUUUAUGGUAGUGUUUAAUAAAGAAUUUUGUACUUUUUUACAAUUUGUUGUUGUCUGUGAUCGAUCUAUUUUUUUUGGCCCUAGCGGGUGUCACAUUUUGGCGUCGUCGGCAGGAUAGAGCUCAAUUUGUUGUCUAUUGUGUUUUGGGAGCAGUCUAGUUUGAGUUUUUUUUUUUUGUUUUGUUUUUUUUUGUGUUUUAAGGAAGAGAACAGCGGCUAGCUGGACCUGUGCCUCUUUGCAUCUCUGCGGGGUCUUCUUCUGUCAGGCCUUCGAAAUGGAGGACGAACUACGACGACUUCGGGCUCAAGUGGAGCAGCUUCAGUUGGAGAAUCAGAGACUGUCUGUGCCCAGGCCAAGUGGGGAUGCUGGGGAGGGACAGGCUAGUGGGAGUGAUACGGUAUCCUCUCGUAGAGAGCAAGCUGUUUACCUCCCUAGAGAACGUAAAUGUCCAAAAUGUUCUGGAUCCAUGGUUGCUGGGGCACUGUCGGUGGAGGAGUGGAUAGAAGAGGCACAGAGUUGCAUUAGGUUAAGGUAUAUGUCUGAAUUGGAUAAGGCUUUAUUCCUUUUGGACCACCUAGAAGGGGAGGCUCGAAAUGAGAUUAAAUAUUGGCCUCAGGGGGUGAGGGAGAAUUCUGAACAAAUCUUUGAUGUUUUGAAAGAUGUUCAAAAUCUUAUGUCUAUUGGCAACAAAAGUUUUUUGAUCAAAAACAGAGGGAUGGGGAGUCAUUAUAUGAAUUUUCACAUGCCUUAUUGGCUUUAAUGGAGAGGGUGGAGCAAUGUAAGUCGGGUGCUAUACCAAACACAGAGAUCGUUAUAAGAGAUCAAUUUUGUGAAAAUGUUCGUGAUCCUAUGCUUCGUAGGGAGCUAAAAAGGCUGGUACGAGGUAGGGAGAGCAUGUCACUUCUGGAAGUACGGCAGGAGGCCAUUCAGUGGGUAGAAGAGGAACAAUCCAGUAGGGAAAAGCAAGUACGCCCUUCCCCUCAUACUUGCGAGGCUCAGGUUACACCUAAUAGUGAGGUUUUUUGUGUCCAGCCAUCUUCAGAGUUGACUGAACUUAAGAAUAUGGUUCUUAAACAACAAGCACAAUUGGAUUUAUUGGUAAAACACUUGGCCCCUGCUACUAGUAAACCUCCAGUUAAGAAUAAUCGUUUUAAACGUGCAUCUGAUGGCCGGCCAAUUUGCAUUCGAUGCAACUUGCCUGGACAUAUAGCCCGGUAUUGUGAAACUGUCCUGGAUACUCAGAUUACUGGGGGCGUAUCCAUUAGGGAACCAACUAGGCAGUCGGAAAACUAGUGACUCCCAGCGUGCAGAGCCACACGCUGGGAGGAACUGUAGAUGGCUCCAGUGUGGAUUCUUUUGUUUAUGAUCGGUUAGUAGGACCAUGCCCAAUGUUAAGUGUGAAGAUGAGUAAUGUUGAUGUUUCAUGUUUGGUAGACACCGGUUCCAUGGUGACUACGGUGACAGAGUUUUUUCAAUAAAUGUUUUUCUCAUUUAAAGAAACAGGAUUGUGAGUGGCUUGGCUUAAAAGCUGCUAAUGGACUUGACAUGCCUUAUGUAGGCUACGUCGAACUAGAUGUGAUUGUUUUGAAUCAGUGCAUUCCAAAGCGGGGUAUUUUGGUUGUCAAGGACCCUGUAAAUGUAGCCUUGCAAACCCGUAAGACUGUUACUCCCGGUAUUUUAGGGAUGAAUGUCCUCAGGGAGUGUUAUCAGAGACUGUUUCAGCAGUUUGGUACAAGUCUUUUUCAGACCCCAUUAGUACAAUCUGCUGCUCCUAUGGUUAGGCGUGCACUUCGUCAGUGUGAGAAAACAGAGGCGAUUACUUUGAAUGCUACUGUGGAAUUAGUAAAAGUACUAGGUGACAGACCCAUUUGUAUUUCCGCUGGAACCCUUUCCAUGGUGCCUGUUACAUGCCCCCAACUUCCUUUGGCAGAGUUUUUGUUAGAGCCUUUGGGCCCUGAUGAGGGUACUCUUCCAGAAGGAUUGCUUAUUUCCCCUGCCCUUUUACAUGCAGAGUAUGGUAUAUUAUAUGCUCCUAUUACCAAUGUGAGUUGCUUGGAUGUUUGGCUUCCUCCUCGGAGAGUGGUGGGUACAGUACAGGUGGCUUCAGUUGCCGUGGAAGCCCCGGCUUCACUGGUAUUCUCUGUCAGCCAGAUGGCCUCAGAACGUGUGGCUUUUAUAGCUACUCAACAAGUCCUGACUGAGAAUAUUGUAGAAGGUUUGGAAUUUCCCUCUUUUGAUGGGCUAACUGAGGAGCAAGCCAUUCAAGCCAAGUCUCUUCUUUUUAAGUAGUUUGGUCUGUUUUCGAAAGAUGAGGGAGAUUUAGGGUGUACCGAUCUUAUUACCCAUGAGAUUCCGUUACAGGAUGAGGUCCCUGUCCGCCAGCCCUACCGCCGUCUUCCGCCAUCACAGUAUGACUUGGUGAAAACGCAUAUUAAACAGUUGUUGGAUAGUCGGAUUGUUAGGGAAAGUAGUAGCCCUUACUCUUCCCCAAUUGUAGUGGUGACAAAGAAAGAUGACAGCAUAAGGUUAUGUGUUGACUAUAGGCAACUAAAUGCUAAAACUCGAAAGGAUGCUUACCCCCUCCCUCGAAUUGAGGAGUCAUUGGAUGCAUUAUCAGGGGCAAGGUGGUUCUCCACUCUUGACCUGGCCAGUGGUUACAACCAGGUGCCAGUAGCAGAGAAAGAUAAAUUCAAGACGGCUUUUUGUACACCUUUUGGCCUCUUUGAAUUUAAUCGAAUGCCCUUCGGCCUUUGUAAUGCACCAGGCACAUUUCAACGUUUAAUGGAGCGCAUGUUCGGAGACCAGCGGUAUCAUUCUGUGUUGCUUUAUCUUGAUGACGUAAUUGUGUUUUCCUCCUCUGUUGGUCAACAUCUGGAGAGGUUGGAAGAGGUGUUCUCCCGACUCCAACAACAAGGGUUAAAAGUUAAGUUAUCCAAGUGUAAUUUUUUUCAAAAGCAGGUCAAGUACUUAGGACACGUGGUGUCUGCUGAGGGAGUGGCGACUGAUCCUGGCAAAUUGGAGGCCGUACAGGAGUGGAUGCGUCCGGUGCAUUUGGCAGAAUUACGGUCGUUUCUUGGGUUUGCGGGGUACUACUGUCGUUUGUUAAGGGCUUUGCUUCACUGGCCGCCCCGCUGCAUCAAUUGGUGAGUAGGCUGAGUGGACCUAAAAGGAAGGGUAAGACGCCUCAGGUCCCAUUAGGAUCAGUAUGGAAUGAGACCUGUGAGCAUGCCUUUGAGUCUAUUAAACAUCGUUUGAUUAUGGCUCCAGUCUUGGCCUAUGCUGACUUCACCAAGCCUUUGUGUAUUAGAGGUAGAUGCCAGCCACAGAGGGCUGGGAGCCGUAGUUUCUCAGGAGCAUGAUGGUAAACUCAGGCCUAUUGCAUAUGCUAGUCGGGGUUUGAGACCCACUGAAAGAAACAUGGAUAAUUAUAGUUCAAUGAAGCUUGAACUCUUGGCUGUGAAAUGGGCAGUAACAGAGAAGUUUUGAAAGUAUCUGCUAGGGAGUAAUUUUGUCAUAUUUACUGACAAUAACCCUUUAAGCCAUCUUCAGACCGCAAAGUUGGGGGCUGUGGAACAGAGGUGGGCGUCUCAACUGGCCUCGUUUAAUUUUACCAUCAAGUAUCGUCCGGGCCGUAGUAAUGGCAAUGCCGAUGCUUUGUCGAGACAGUAUCUGGAGAGGUUUAUAUCUGGGACAGAUGUUCCGCCCGCUUUGGUGGGACAGGUUUCUAAGGGUUCGGGGAAAGAGGUAGAGUGCAAUGAGGUUGUAGCACUGGCUGGGCGGUCUGUGGAGGACCUUUCUUUGUUACAAGGACUAGACCCUGUGAUUGGUCUGGUGUUGAAGUUGUUUCGGUUAGGUGGUCAGCCUAGAUCUGAAGAGAGAGAUGCAAUGUCAGUAGGAAGUAAGGAGCUGUUACGACACUGGGAACGGUUGGUGGAGAAGGGAGGGGCAUUGUACCGGGUUAUACGAUUACCAGGGGAAUGCAAGGAUACCUUUCAGGUUGUACUUCCCCAGUGUUUGCAGGAAGAGGUACUUCGAAGUGUGCAUGACGGCCAUGGUCAUCAAGGCAUCGAUCGUACUCUUCAGCUGGUUCGUAGUCUGUGUUUUUGGCCAGGUAUGACAAGGCGAGUGGAGCAGUGGUGUCAACAAUGUGAAAGAUGUAUUCUAAGUAAGGCGGUUCAACCAAAGAUUCGGUCUUUUCAGGGUACAAUUCAAGCCUCCCGCCCUCAUGAGAUCCUGGCUAUAGAUUUCACAAUUUUAGAGCCCGCCAGUGAUGGUCGUGAAAAUAUCCUUGUUCUUACAGAUGUUUUUUCAAAGUAUACUCAGGCUGUGGCUACUAGAGACCAAAGAGCUAGUACCGUGGCCCAGAUGUUGGUACAACAUUGGUUCCAUCGGUUCGGACCUCCAAGUCGAAUUCAUUCUGAUCAAGGGAGAAACUUUGAGAGCAUGGUGGUUCAGCAGUUAUGUAAAAUCUACGGGGUAAAAAAAGGAAGGACCACUCCCUAUCACCCCUAGGGAAAUGGUCAAUGUGAACGAUUUAAUCGUACCCUUCACGACCUGUUGCGAACGUUGCCACAGGAGCAAAAAAGGUAUUGGCCUCGUCAUCUCUCACAAGUUACUUAUGCUUACAAUACCACUGCCCAUCAUGUUACCGGUAUGACUCCUUAUUAUUUGAUGUUUGGGUGUGAUCCCAGACUCCCAGUCAAUUUUUUGUUGGGAAGGAGCGAAGAUGGUAGUUUUAGUCCCACCGAGGAUUGGGUGCGAGACCAUCAAGAGAGCAAUUGCAGGCUAAGGUACAGAAGCGGAACCAACGAUAUAAUGAGAAAGUAAAUGAUGGUGGUUUAGAAGAGGGGCAGCUUGUGCACUUGAGGAAUCAUGUAAAGGGGAGAAAUAAAAUUCAGGAUUUUUGGGAUCCUUGUCUUUAUAGGGUCAUUCGAGGUCCCUCUGAAAAUGGGGCAGUCUACUCGGUGGCGCCGGUAUCGGGAGACAGACCAGUUAGAACCGUACAUCGGUCUGAAUUAAGGAAUGCCAUAUGUAGACCAAGUAUUGAAAUGCCUGACCCUCCAAUGGUAGUGGAUCCUGAGGGCUCCCUCUCUGGUUCGUCGUCUGAUGAGGAGACGUCGGGGGCGUCUUGGGUGGUUCUUUUGGAGGGUAGCUCAGACCAUAUUGUCCAGUCAGAUGAGUUGAUGCCUUCUCCUUCUUGCUCUAAUGAUGCCAGGGAAUGUAGGGAUGUAGGGCCAGUGCAAAAUUCUGUUCCUUUGCGACGGUCUGCUAGGGCUUCGGCUGGCCAUCAUUCCAACCCUAACAGAUUGCCACGUCCUCUGGUUGUAGGGCAGCCAAAUGUUGGUGAAGAGCAGUAGUAUUUUGUUUGUUUGUCCUUGGGGCAAUGACCAAAAUUGUAGGGGGUGUAUUGUAGCAAGGUAAGCAGGAGAAGGGGAGGGAGAUUGUGAAGCAACUACCAAUCCCAUUACAGAUUGCUGAUAGGGUGGCCCAAUUUAAAGGACAGGCAAUAUGGAAAGGCAGCCGGGGUCCUUGCAGCACCAGUUAGCUGUUUGGCUAGUAGCCGUGUGGGACUGGGUGUCCUGUGGUGUAUUUUGUCUCAAUUGAAGGUAAACCUGUAUUUUUUCGGUGUACUAUUACAAGGGAUGUUUUUUAUUGUACUGAUGCAGUCACCAGUAUAGAUUUAAUAAUUUUUGUAGAUGAAUUGGGGGUAUUUGAAUCCAUUAAUGUAUCAUAUGGGUAUGAGUUGGUAAUUAUGGUAUUAUGGUUAUUUUAUUAUGUUUUAGAACUGUUUUCCUGAUGGAAUAAAUUCAGGACCACCAUGUAUUUGUCUGGUAGUGCACCUUAAAGGUAUGGUUAUUCAUUUUGAGUUUGUUGUUUGUUUGUUAUCUGGAUGUGACUGACGCUCAUGAAAAAUAUUCUAUUUUUUUUAUAGGGUGUUGGAUGUUGAUUGCUAGUCGCUGUUCUCUUAUAUUGUUUUUUUGUUUGACGUUUAUUUGAUUUUAUGUGACAAUUGUGAAACUGACUGCUCCCUGACUUAUUUGUGGUGAUUAAUUUCCUAGCCAGCUAUAUGUGUUUUUUUGUUUAUUGUUUUUUGUUUAAUGUAUUGGUUGAUUUGUUGCUGGCUAGUGGAAUUGUUUAUUUAUCUAUUUUUGUUUUUUUUCUUUAAAUUAUGUAUUUAAUUUAAACCGCUUUCCAUCCUUGAUUAAGCUGCAGGGGGUAGUUUCCCAUCGUGGUCGGUGGAGAACUGGGAGUACAAUUUAAUUUUGGUGUGGCUACUAAUUGUGAACGUGGAUCACAUAAGCAUGUUUGUAGUGAAGGGCUUAUGGGGGUUUGCUGUGGUUUGCACAUGAUGCAGUGAAGUGUCUCCUGUAUAGGUAGCUCAGGUUUUUUUGUAUUCCUAGUUGGACAAAUUGAGAAAUUGCUGCCCUGCCAGCUGAAUUAAGUCAUGCCCUGAAUAAUUUUAUGGUAGUGUUUAAUAAAGAAUUUUGUACUUUUUUACAAUUUGUUGUUGUCUGUGAUCGAUCUAUUUUUUUUGGCCCUAGCGGGUGUCACAAUAUGUUUAUAUAAUAACUGACACAGAAUAAGUUAUAAUCUUCAUUAUUUAAGCUGUGUUAGUGUAUGACCUAAAUUUGAGUCCAUACAAUUACAACUAUUAAGUUGAAACAACAACAUUUAAAUGGCAAAUCUGAGUUAAAGGGAUAGUUCACCCCAAAAUUACAAUUCUCUCAUCAUUUACUCACAUUGAUGCCAUUCCAGAUGUGAAUGACUUUCUUUUUCUGCAGAACACAAAUUAAAUUUUUUAGAAGAAUAUCUCAGCUCUGUUCUUUCUUACAAUGCAAAUGAAUGGGUACCAACAUUUUGAAGGUCUAAAAAGCAUAUAAAGGAAGCGAAAAUGUAAUCCAAAGGACUCCAGUGGUAUGCAUGUCUUCAGAAGUGAUAUGAUUAAUGAGUGUGUGAAACAGAUCAAUAUUUAAGUCCUUCUUUAUAAUCAAUACCCACUUUCCCUUUCACUUUUUGUUUUGUUUUUGGCAGUCUGCAUACUUCAUGCAUAUUGCCACCAUCUGGGCAGGGAGGAUAAUUUAAAGUAACAAUGUACUUAAAUAUUGAUUUGUGUCUCACCCGCACCUAUUACAUUGCUUUCGAAAAUAUGGAUUUAACCACUGUAGUCUUGCGGAUUAAUUUUACACUGCCUUUAUGUGCUUUUUGGAUCUUCAACGUUUUGGCCACCAUACGCAUUGUAUGGACCUACAGAGCUGAGAUAUUUUUUUUUAAUCUUCAUUUGUGUUCAGCAGAAAAAGAAAGUCAUAGACAAUAUUAAUUUCUCUAUUUCAUCCCUUUAAAUCUACUUUCAUCUAGUUACCUUAACUUUAAUAGUUAAAAUCAUUCUAUAUGAACACCAAGUUAAGUGAACUUAAUUACUCAAGUUUUGGAGAUGGCAUUACUCAAUUAAAUUAAGGGAAUGAGUUAACUUGUUCGGGUUUUCAAUGUACCAUAUUCUGUAUGAUACUGUAAAUAUAAGAAAUCAGGGUGCCUUAUUGCAAGUGCUGAUCUCUCUAAAAAUAUACAGAGAUAACUUCAUGGACAAGUAUGCCAUUUCUACAUUAGAUUGAUUUCCCUGAAAUAUGUAAAAGUGUGGGUCUCUAGUGCUAUUAAAACUUUGUUCUGUUUGUUUGAGAAGCUUUUCAUUGAAUGGUUUAUAUUACCUUUAAUUGAUUGUUGUUUUCUGGUUCAGGUGGCCUGUUGUCUUCACCUGAGGUCCCAUUGUCCUGUGUGCAACAACAAUUUGAAACAUUAAAGAGUCACCGAUUUGACCUUUGAUUUUCUUUGAUGAAGCCUUUUCUGCCUGACUUUCACCUCUUCUUUUACUGUUAAAGAUAUCUCGGGCGAUUGUCCGUAGCUGUUUAUCAAAGCGUGUUAAGCAGAGCUUGCAAUCAUGCCCACGGUGGUUCUUAUGGACUCCUCGCUGUCCAUGACGCGACCCGUGUCAGUGGAGGGCAACGAAGAGUUUCAGAGGAAGAAUCUGGCAGUUCAUGGACUGACCAUGCUGUUUGAACACAUGGCAACAAAUUACAGACUGGAGUUCACUACACUUGUCGCCUUCUCCUCCCUCUGGGAGCUUCUGGUGCCAUUCACCAGAGACUACAAUACUCUACAGGAGGCCUUGAAUAACCUUGAAGACUAUGAUAAAACCUGUCUGGAUUCAGCACUGCAAGGUGUUAGUAACAUAGUACAGCAGGAGUGGGGAACGUCCUGCCCCUGCCAGGUGGUGCUGGUUACUGAUGGUGCUCUGGGUUUUGGCCGUGGUUCUUUGCGUCACUCAUUACAAACAAUGAAGCAACGUGUGGAGGAUAAGAAAUUCCCACUGCCUUUCCCAUUCCCUUCCAAACUCUAUGUCAUGUGCAUUGCCAAUGCAGAGGAGCUUCAAGCUACUGAUGGUAUGGAUAACUUGGAGCAGCUGGUUAGUUUAAAUGGUGGAAAGGGUCAGAUAUACACUGUGGAGGGACCCCUCUGUCUUAAAAAUGUCCAAUCUAUGUUUGGUAAGCUGAUUGACCAGGCCUACUCUCCCUUCCAUGCGGUGCUGCGCUGUGGGAACAUGGCCUCUGAUGUGCAGGUCUUUCCCAGGCCAGAACCUGUUCAAAUAGAUGAGGAGGUGGAUCCCCUGCCCAAAACGGUGCAAACAGACCUUGAGAUUGUAGGUUUUAUUGAGAUUGGAGACAUCUCCAGCCCUCCUGUUUUAUCCAGACACUUGGUCCUGCCCAUUUCUGUGACUAAAGAGGGGGAUGAGAUGGGUACAGGGGCCACUGAUGAAACUGAGGAAGAGCCCUCUACAAAUCAGAUGGCUGGCAAGAGUCCAAAUUUCUGCGUUCUUCUACAUGGUAGCCUAAAAGUGGAGGGCAUGGUGGCACUUGUACAACUACAGUCAGAGUGGUUUGGAAUGCUUUAUUCCCAGGCAGACAGUAAAAAGAAGUCCAAUCUGAUGAUGUCACUCUUUGAGCUAGGCUUAGACCCUCUGCCCUGGUUGGGCAGAAUGUCUCAGCUUGGUCCUGCCUCAGAUGCAACUGAAAAUCCCUAUGGUGAAGAUGACAGUAAAAGUCCUUUCCCCAUACAGCCAAAACAUAAGAGAAGCUAUGCUCAGAAUGUUACGGUCUGGAUUAAAGCCAGUGGAUUGCAGACAGAUGUACAGAAAAUCCUCCGUAAUGCAAGGAAGCUGCCAGAAAAAACACAAACCUUCUAUAAGGAAUUGAAUCGUCUUCGGAAGGCUGCUCUUGCCUUUGGUUUCUGGGAGCUUCUGAAGAGUGUUGCUGAACUGCUGGAUAGGGAGUGCACUCUGCUGCCUGACUCCGCCCACCCUGACGCUGCCUUUCAGCUCUCACACGCUGCACAGCAACUUAAACUGGCCAGUAGUGGAGACUCCAAGUAUGCAGCCUUUGAACACAACAUUACCCCCAUGCUCACUGACUUCUCUGGGGGCGGUGGAGCUGAGAGAAUGUAGGGGAUCAGUGUAAAAUUUUCCAUGGAUAACUAUUUGAUCUGCUAAAGACGGCUGGACCUCUAAGAGUCUCUCAGUGCUUUUAAAGAUUUCUCUAUAGGAAAUGAUUCCUUCAUUUUCAAUUUUAGUAAUGUCACCCCUCAGCAAAACCAAGGAUUAAGAGGAAA